AUGGGCAAGUUCGAGAUUGAGAACAAGCGAUGGGUGUUUCCUUUGUGCCAGUAUUACAAACUCGUGAAUGAGAUCUCAAGAAUGAAUGCGACUCAGCCAGCAAAUUCCACCUUCAGCCUCACUCCAGUGCCAGAAAACGUCUUCAAGGUCCUCAAGAACGACCCUUCGGUCUCCACCUUGAACCACACGAAAGCGAAGAUGCUGUUGGAGGCCCUACCGUUGACCAUCAGCAAGAAGCUGCUCCCUUUCCAGCGAGAGGGAGUUCUCUUCGGACUAGCAAGAGAGGGGCGAGUGCUCAUCGGAGAUGAGAUGGGGUUAGGGAAGACUGUACAGGCGAUCGCCAUUGCAGCAGCAUACCUGGAUGAGUGGCCUCUGUUAAUUGUAUGCCCCUCCUCAAUGCGGUGUAUGUGGGCACAGGAGCUGGUGAAUUGGCUUCCAGGCGAGCUGACCCCUCAAGACGUUAACACCAUCUUCAGCGGGAGGGAUGUCGUCGGGAAUCAGCUUGUCACCAUCAUAUCCUACGACCUCUUCUGCAAGUUUGCGCCGGAGAUCAGCUCGAUGCAGUUCAAAGUGAUCAUCGGCGAUGAGAGCCACUAUCUCAAGAACCCCAACGCGAAGAGGAGUAAGACCAUCCUCCCCUUCAUCCGCUCGGCCAGAAGAUCGAUCUUGCUCACCGGAACGCCUGCGCUCUCAAGACCCGUCGAACUGUUCAACCUCUUGAAUUCCCUUCACCCUCGUCUCUUUAACAAUUUCUUGGAAUUCGCAUAUCGUUACUGUGAUGCCCACCAGGGCCCCUUCGGCCUGGAGACCAGCGGGGCAUCAAACUUGGAGGAGCUUCACGUGCUCUUGGAUCAACACACGAUGGUUCGAAGGCUCAAGAAGGACGUUCUCACCCAGCUGCCCGCCAAGAGAAGGCAGAAGAUUUUGAUCAAGAUCUCAGAAGCUGAGAGCAAGAGAUUUGCUACGGAGAUGGAUAAGCUGAAAGAGCUGGAGCGUGUUACUCAGGAUGAGGAGGAGGACAGCGAAGCUCGAUUUCGGGCGCAGUCACGCAAGAAGGCGCUGAUCAUGAAGAUGUAUGUGGACACUGGAGUUGCCAAACUUCAAGCGAUCCAGGAGUAUGUUGCCGACCUGAUCGAAUGCGGAGCAAAGUUUCUGGUGUUCGCUCAUCACAUGGAGAUUCUGGAUGGGCUGGAGGACGUCGUCUCCAAGAAGAAAGUGCAGUACAUCAGAAUCGAUGGCUCCACCCCCUCCCGGGAACGGCAGCUGAGAGUCUCUUCCUUCCAGGAGUCCAGCUCUGUCCGAGUAGCCAUCCUCUCAGUCACAGCAGCUGGGACAGGGCUGACCCUCACGGCCGCAAACUUGGUGGUUUUUGCUGAGCUCCACUGGACCCCAGGGAUUCUGCUGCAGGCAGAGGACAGGGCUCACAGGAUCGGUCAGCAGUCGUCGGUGAACGUGAUGUACCUGGUGGGUCAGGGGACGUGCGACGAGCUGAUAUGGGACAGCAUCUCCUACAAGGUCAAAGUGAUAGGAAGAGCCCUGGACGGAAUGCGAACAAGCUUCAAUGCU